AUGUGGUCACUGGGAGCCGUGUUGGAGAUUGACGAACGCAUUCGCAUGGCUGAAUUUAUGACGAAGCUCCCCGUAAGAAUGGACUGGCCUGGGGCUAAGUCGAAGGAGUGGGUUAUGCCCUUCGACUAUAUGGUUAACGAAGCUGGUGUCUGGCAGCAUUGGUCAGAAAGCGUCGAAGACUAUAUUUAUCCGCCAGACAGUAUACCAGAGUAUGCAUCAAUUUUAGUUCCUAACAUUGACAAUGUGUGCAUAUCAUUCCUGAUAGACACUAUAGCCAAGCAGAACAAGGCGGUACUGCUUAUUGGGGAGCAGGGCACGGGAAAAACAGUAAUGUUAAAGGGCUACAUGCAGAAAUACGAUACCGAAGUGAAACUGUUCAAAAUGAUAAAUUUCUCUUCGGCUACCACGCCCAACAUGUUUCAGAGAAUCAUCGAAUCGUACGUCGAGAAACGGGUGGGCAUGACUUACGGUCCCCCGGGAGGCCGAGGCAUGACAGUCUUUGUGGAUGAUAUCAACAUGCCCGUCGUAAACGAGUGGGGUGAUCAGGGACUUGGAGUUUCAUUCAUAUUCACAGAUAAUGACAUCAAAGAAGAACAAUUUUUGGAGUUUCUUAAUAAUAUACUGAGUUCUGGUGAAAUAGCAAACCUGUUUCCUAAGGAUGAAAUGGAUGAAAUUUUUAACGAAUUGACACCUAUUAUGAAAAAAUUGGCACCAAGGAGAAUACCAGUUCCAGAUGUGCUAUAUGAAUACUUUAUCAUGAGGUCGAGGGCGAACUUGCAUGUGGUUUUAUGCUUCUCUCCGGUCGGUGAGAAAUUCCGCAGUAGGGCGUUAAAGUUUCCAGGCCUUAUAUCUGGAUCUACAAUGGAUUGGUUCCAAAAAUGGCCUACGGAGGCUUUAAUCGAAGUCGCCCAACAUUUUCUCUCAGAUUUUAAGAUCGUUAGUUCCGACGAUACUAAAAAUCAAUUGAUUGAGGUGAUGGGCAUGGUACAAGAUAAUGUUGCUGAGGCAUGCGUUGCGUACUACGACAGAUUUAGGAGACAGACUCACGUGACUCCGAAAUCAUACUUGUCCUUCUUAGAAGGCUAUAAGCUUUUGUAUAAGGAGAAACAUAUUAAUAUUGCUGAAAUGGCGAAAAGGAUGACUACAGGUCUAGACAAAUUGGUAGAAGCGGCAGCGAGUGUAGAUAUAUUGAAAAAAGAACUAGAGCUGAAGGAACAAGAAAUAAAAGAAGCUACUGCUAGAGCAGAAGAGGUACUGGCAGCCGUAGCAGAAUCGGCAGCAGCUGCCGAAGUUGUAAAAGCCGAAGUGUUAGCGGUAAAAGAUCGUGCCGUGAAACUGGUCAACGUGAUAGCCGCGGAAACGGCAGUUGCUGAAGAUAAAUUAGCUGCAGCGAAGCCUGCGCUUGAUGCCGCUGAAGCUGCUUUACAGACUAUUAAUGCUGCUGAUAUAGCUACCGUGAGAAAAUUGGGCAAACCACCAUUCCUUAUCACCCUUAUUAUGGAUGCCGUAAUUAUUCUAUUCAGGAAACGUAUUGAUCCUAUAAAGCCUGAUCCCGACAAAAACUUUCUAACGGCGUCUUGGGCGGAAUCUCUAAAGAUUAUGGCUGAUGCGAGGUUCUUAAGCAAUUUGAAAAAUUAUCCCAAAGACGAAAUAAAUGCAGAAAUGGUAGACUUGUUACAACCGUACUUCAAUUUUAGUCAAUAUACGUUCGAGGCCGCUAAAAUAGCCUGCGGCAAUGUAGCGGGAUUAAUAUCGUGGACCAUUGCUAUGGCGCAGUUUUAUGCAGUUAAUAAAGAUGUAUUGCCACUUAAAGCAAACCUUGCAGUUAUGCAAGGCAAGUACCAAGCAGCUAAGAAAGAGCUCGAGGCUGCGGAGGCGUUAUUAGAAGCCAAAGAGCACGAAUUAGCGGAGGUACAGAAACAAUUUGAUGAGGCCAUGACACUUAAGCAAGCUGUGUUGGACGAUGCUGCCAAGUGCCAGCAGAAAAUGGACGCUGCGACAGCUCUUAUUAAUGGGCUCAGCGGUGAACGCGUCCGCUGGACCGAACAAUCAAUCCUAUUCAAGUCCCAAAUAGAACGACUCGUGGGAGAUAUUUUGUUGCUUACCGGGAAUCAUAUAGAGGAUUGUGUUUCACUUGGAAGACCUUUGUUAAUAGAAGACGUGGCGGAAGAGUUGGAUCCUGCUUUAGACAAUAUUCUGGAGAAAAAUUACAUAAAAAUUGGAUCUUCAUAUAAAGUAAGAUUGGGAGACAAAGAAAUUGACGUCAUGCCCAGUCAUAAGAUUUAUAUUACUACUAAAUUGCCCAAUCCAGCUUAUACGCCUGAAAUAUCAGCACGUACUUCAAUAAUAGAUUUUACUGUAACUAUGCAAGGUUUGGAGGACCAGUUACUGGGUCGCGUGAUACUAACAGAAAAGGCGGAAUUGGAAGCAGAACGUACGCAGCUUAUAAUGGACGUGACAUCAAAUAGAAGAAAGAUGCAGGAGCUUGAAGCAAAUCUGUUGCACAAGUUGACCACUAUCCAGGGGUCUCUCGUCGAAGACGUAACACUAAUCCAAGUCCUUAACGUCACAAAAGCGACUGCUACUGAAGUGCGAGAAAAACUUGAUGUAGCCAAGGAAACUGAGGUUAAGAUCAACUCUGCCAGAGAGGAGUUCAGACCGGUCGCAACUCGUGGGUCGGUGCUGUACUUCCUGAUUUGCAACAUGUCCCUAGUUUGCAACAUGUAUCAGACCUCGCUCGCCCAGUUCUUAGAACGGUUCGACAUUUCCAUGGAAAGAUCGCCGCAGAGCCCUAUAACGACUAAAAGAAUAGGAUUCAUCAUUGAAUACUUAAAUAUGGUGCUCGAGUCUCGUCCACUGGUACCGUUAAUUGGAUUUCUGGCAAUGGGCUCUGAUCCGACGCCUUCUAUAGAAAUGACAGCGAAGCGACUGGAGUGCUUAUGUUCUUCAAUCUCUAUGGGCCAGGGGCAAGAGGUUCAUGCGAGGAAGCUAAUAGAUCGAGCAAUCAAAGAGGGUUUAUGGGUUUUGCUACAAAAUUGUCAUUUAGGCCUAGAUUAUAUGAUCGAGGUUAUGGAGCAAUUCUCGGAGCUGGAGAAGGAACCGGAGAAGGUUCACGAAACGUUUAGGUAUCAAACGCACGUCACCCAGGAACUUUUAGAUACAAUAUUAUCUAUUCAGCCAAAAGAAUCCAGUUCAGGUGGGGGUGAAACCCGUGAGGCAUCAGUUUAUAGACAAGCUAAAGAGAUGCUUGAAAAAGUACCACCUAAUUUCGAUCCGAAUGAAGUGAAAGAAAGGAGAUCCUGGUCAUCGUCAACACUAGGAUUUUGGUUCACGGAGUUCCUUGAAAGGAAUCAACAGUUUUCUAACUGGUGUUUUAUUGCCAGACCACAUUCAUUUUGGAUGACGGGAUUUUUUAAUCCCCAAGGUUUUCUAACCGCUAUGCGGCAAGAAGUGACCAGAGCGCACAAGGGUUGGGCGCUUGAUAUGGUCGCUUUACACAACGACGUCACAAAAUAUACUUACGAAGAAAUCAAAGCGCCUCCACCGGAAGGAGUAUUCGUGCACGGCGUGUUCCUUGACGGUGCGGGCUGGGACCGGCGCAACACGCGCCUUUGCGAAUCCACCCUCAAAGUACUUUAUGCAGCGCUGCCGGUAUUGCAUAUUUACGCGAUUAACUCCACAGCACCCAAAGAUCCUAAACUUUAUCAAUGCCCAGUAUACAAGAAACCCUGCCGCACGGAUUUAACAUUUAUCACACCUUUGUGGCUGCCCACAAUGAAACACCCGGAUCAUUGGAUUUUAAGAGGAGUCGCCAUCUUGUGUGAUAUCAAG